UGUGUUAUUACAUUCUAACGUGUCAGUCCGGAAGCACGUGACUGCUGUUGGUAGAUGUGGCGUUGUUACUUAGUCUGUUGGAGUUAUCAAUCGCUGCAGGUAGAAGGAUGUCUGUUCCAAGCAAACAGGACAUAUUAACUAUCUUCAAACGUCUCCGUUCGGUUCCCACAAAUAAGGUAUGCUUUGAUUGUGGAGCUAAAAACCCUAGCUGGGCAAGUAUAACGUAUGGGGUGUUUCUGUGCAUUGACUGCUCUGGGACACACAGAUCCCUUGGGGUGCAUUUGACUUUUAUUAGAUCCACAGAGUUAGAUUCGAACUGGUCUUGGUUUCAGUUGCGGUGCAUGCAAGUUGGGGGCAAUGCAAAUGCUACUGCUUUUUUCCAUCAAUACGGAUGUACAACUAACGAUGCAAAUGCCAAAUACAAUAGUCGAGCUGCACAGCUUUAUAGAGAGAAAAUCAAGUCUCUGGCCACACACGCGACAAGGAAACAAGGGACAGAUCUGUGGCUGGACAACCCAGGACAUGGUCCCUCCUCUCCCACUUCUCCUCAACAUAAAGAGGAAGAUUUCUUUGCAGUACAUACACAGGGUGCUUCAAAGGACUGGUCUUCAGAUUUGACUGAUCUCAAUUUUGAAUCUACUUCAGUAGAAGAACAGCCCGCACAGGGGAUGCUCAAAGCCGAGGCUGACUCUACAUCUACAGGAGUCACAAAUAGCAGAGAACCAGCAUUUCUACUAAAGAAAAAGUCUGUGCCUGCAAAGAAAUCGCUUGGUGCAAAAAAAGGUGGCUUAGGAGCUCAAAAAGUAAGCUGCCAGCACUUCAGCGAGAUCGAAAAACAAGCCCAGACUGUGGAUAAAAUAAGGGAACAAGAAGAACAGAACACAAAGAAGAAAAUGGAAAAAGAAGAAACUAUUGUGACAUCUCUGAGGCUUGCCUACCAGGACCUGGAAAUCCAAAGAAAGAAGAACGAUGAAAAGAUGAAGAAUUUUCAGGGUAAAAAAAAGGAACAGGCAGAAAGACUAGGCAUGGGCUUCAGCAGCAGGAGUGGUGUUUCCCAUUCCGUGCUUUCAGACAUGCACACCAUAAAACAGGAAUCGCCCUCCGGGUCCAAACCUGCACGGAAAAAGAAGUAUCUCGAUGAGGAACCCGAAAAUGAGGAUUCAGGGUUUGGUUCUAGAUCAACCUACUUUGAUGAGCCUGUUGACUCAGCAAGCAAGUUUUUUUCUAAGUGGGAGGAUAGCAGUGACUCGAUGUGGAAGAAAGAAUCGAGCAAAUUUGAACCAGAGCCCAUUCUUACCUCUAAAAUGUCUUCACAUGAUGAAAGGCCCACAACACGUCGGAAACACGAAUAUGAACAUCACGCAACUACAGACGAUGCUCAGAAGAAGUUUGGUGAUGCUAAAGCAAUUUCGUCAGACAUGUACUUUGGAAAACAAGAAAGUGCAGAGUAUGAAGCCAAAACUAGACUAGAAAAGUUUUCUGGAAAUUCAUCUAUAAGCUCAGCAGACCUCUUUGAUGAGCAGAAGAAACAAACAGGAACAUAUGGCAUCAACGUAUUACCAACUGCUCCUGAUAUGUCUCAGUUCAAGCAAGGGGUUAAAUCAGUGGCUGGAAGGCUCUCUGUUAUGGCCAAUGGAGUCAUUACUUCUAUUCAGGAUCACUAUGGCUCUUGAGGUGUGAUUCCAGUAUGUUUUAUGGAUAAGCCGGAACAUUCCUCUUCAGGUAUAGCAUAGUCGGCAGAUCGUGAGAUAUGAAAGAAGAAAGAUGUUUGUAAUAUAAUGUUACAUUUGUAUCUUGUAAUUUGAAUAUGUUUAUUUUGAAAAGGGUAACAAUUGUAAAGGGAAAUAUAUUUUCUGCAAAAAUUGUUUGUGAUGAACAGUAAAUUGGUUUCUUUAGUAGAAGUAGCAGCUGAUGUGGGGUAAAUGGUGUUUAAGUAAUCUCCUGUAUGUUUCAAAUAUUUAAAAUGUCCUAUAUUCAGAAUAUAUUGAAGUGCUGUUAAUGGCUUUGAACAACAGCAUAUAUUGAAAUGGUUGUUUUAGAAAGAACCAUUUGGGUAUACCCUAUAUACAGCAAUGUGCCUGGAUAUGCUGAGAAAUACAGAUGCCUUAUCUGCGUUAUGACUUUCUACAAAGAAGUCUGUACCUCUCCACAUAUCCCAAAAUCCUGGAUUGUAGUUGUAUACUUUUACAUACACAUAUAAAAUGUCUAAAAAUAUGACCCUUUUCGCAACUGCCCAUUAUCCAAUCACUAGUUUUCCCAAACAUUUUGAAAAUUUGCUCUUUCUCUGUAAAAGGUUUAUUUUACAGAAAGAUACAAGUUCAGACCAGUGGGUUGGUGAACUUAAGCAUGCUGUGUAUGUAGCAAAACGUAUUAAAGUGCGCUUAUUAAAAACUAACUUCGGUUUGAAGACCAAAAACAUUGAGAACCAUUUUAAUCUUGUUUGUAUGUGAUUAUUUAAAAUAGAUUGAGCAAUUUCUUAAUCUUUUAAAUACUAAUCACUUAAAUUAGUUGCUACGUUUAAAAUCGUGGAGAAGGAUAUAGAACACUUAAAAGGAACUGUUCAUCAAUUUAAUAUAAUACACUGCAUUGCUGUCCUUUGGAAAAGGAAUAGAUUACAAUAACAUUUCAAGGGGUCAUGACCAAGAUACAAAUAUUGUAGAACAGAAUGAAGGAGCCAUUUAUUGUAGAAAUAGUAAAUAAUGUAGAUGUUUAAGGGAAUCAAGAAACUGUGUAUCUUCAUUGUUACACUACAAAAUGUCCUUAUGACUUUUUUCACAGCUUGAUAUUUUGAAGGCUUGGUCUUUGUAUUCAUGCCUAAGUAUUGAACAGGGCAUCAGGCUUUGCUUAAUGAAUGUAUAUUAGAAACAAUCAAAGUGCUACUUAAAUAUAAUAAUUAUAUAUAUAUAUAUAUAUAUAUAUAUAUAUAUAUAUAUAUAUAUAUAUAUAUAUAUAUAUAUAUAUAUAUAAUUGCAUUACUUGAGUGAAUCACAUGUUUUCAGUGUUGUAAAAAAUGUUUCUUGGAAUAUGUUUUGCUGUGGCUUUGUAUUAGCCUGAGCUCUCUGCAAACAUUAUUUCUUAUGGUUUAGUUGCUAAAAGCAGCGAAUUUGAAUAAAAAGCAACCACAGUCAAUAAAAAAGCUAAUUGUUAUUUUAUGUUUUAUAAUAUAUACUUUCUGUGGUUGAAGGGUUUUCUAAAGAAUGAAAAGCCUAAAUUGGAGGCGAUGAAUUGUGAAUGUCUGUAUUUUUUUCUAAAACCUUGCUUUAUGUUUUUAACACCUUUUAUCUCAUACAUGAUACAGACUUCAUCUUACCAGGAUGAUAUGAACAAGCAAUUUCCCCUAAUACUUCACUGGUUUCAGAUGUGAUACACAGCUGUGUGUUUCUUUUUUCUUUCAUUAUAAAUAACUACACAGACGAUUGCUGAGCAACUACUACACUGAGAGCAAGUAUACCAAAACAAAAAGCUAAAACCAACCCAUUCUCGUUUUGAGAUGUGCAAGGUAAAACUGGUACACUUGCUGCUUUUUAUGUUUAAAAAAAAAAAUAGACGAGGAGGUGCUUUUGAAAACAAAUAAAAAUGAGGGUUAGAGUUUGUGUGUUAAGAGUCUACAUCAAACUCGGUCCUGGGGACUCCAUGUGUCUGCUGGUUUUCAUUCCAACUGAGCUCUCAAUUACUUAACUACUUAACUAGACCUAGGGCUUCUGAUUUUCGGUUUUAACCGAUAAAACACAAUAAAACACCCCCGAUACAAAAAUAAAUAAAUCGGUGGAUAGCCAGUAAACGCCGGAAAACACUGGAAAAACUGUGGAAAUGGUUCAUCAAUUCACGUUGACUUUACCCCUUUCCCAUUAAAAAAAUAAAACCUACUACAAAAAUAAUAAUAAAUACAUUUCCCAGUGCUGCUGGGCAAUGUCCCGCCUUCCUGACUUGUAUCUAUCAUUGAUUCGUUCUGAAUACUUUAAACCCGCCCCAACUACUGAGGGACAGCAUAUUCCUACAUUUCUAUUGGAGACUCCAUUUGCAAGAUUUAAAACGAGAUUACAAUCAGGAUGGAGGCUUGUUAGCGGGAUUUAAAGCUGUAUUACAGUUAAGAUAGGGAGGAUUUAAAACACAAUUGUGGGCGAAAUGUACAAAAAUGCCUACACACAAAAACCCCAGAAGAAUGUGCCUGUGACCAUAGGGAUUUCGUUGUGGAAGACAGCAAAGGAAAGAAGGUACAACUUAAGUGUGCAAGUACUGUCAAGUUACUGUACAUAUUUUGACACAAAAAAAAACGCUCAAGCAAAGAAAAAACUAAUUUCAUACAGUAUAUCAAAAACAAGUCCCGAAAAAAAUGAUUUACAUAAAACUCGAAAAUAGCUAAAAAUAAGCACCGAAAAAUACGAUUAAUAAAACCUGAAACACAGAAGGCAUAACUAUACCCUUAAUUGAACUAAUAAUUUGCUUAAUUAGACUUUUGUACAUGUUUUUAGCUCUUAAACAGUUGCAGUUCAAGUUACUUAUGAAAUGUUAUAGCUAACUUGAAAUAUGCAACUGUUCAAGAGCUGAAAACAAUUAAAAAGGUCUAAUUAAACAAAUUAUCAGUUCAAGUAAAGGUCUGGUUAAGUAAUUGAGAGCUCGGUUGGAACGAAAACCAGCAACCACAGGGGGUCCCCAGGACUGAGUUGGAGAAGCCCUGGUCUAUGUGAACACUAAUUGGAAGAGAUGUAAUGGACAAUACAAAGGCUGGUACCUCUUCCACCUUUAUGGCUGUUUUAAUGAAGGCUUAUGAAGAAAAACAACCAUAAUGCAAUUAUUUUGACAUUAGGAAAGUAUGUUUAAUGUCACUUGAUACACCACUCUUGGAAUCACAAACUUGGAUUUUAGGAAGAGUAUGGGGAUGCUUUUCUGACUCGAUUUAAGAAGGUGGACUUUUGAUCACAAACAGUGUAUCCGAUACCUAGUACAGUACAUGUGAUGUUUACAUACGUUUUUCAGACGACUCAAGCAAACAUGUAAGUGCCUUACUCUAAAAGAAAACGCAGCAAACCAGAGGUAUUUUAAUGGUUUAUUUGUAACUUGUAAAACCCACAUAAAUGUAUUUUUGUUUCAGUUGUACAUUGAAAAUAAAAAUAAAAACUGAAUAAAGUA